GAACUCUGCUUCUUCUUCUUUUUUCUUUUUGGCGGAUAACGCUGGUGCAUUAUCGCCACCUGCUGGACUGUAUGAUCAUCAACUGGGCACAGACCGUGGCAGUCGCGGGAGUUUGAAAUGUGAUGGUUUAAUGGAGCCUAUGGAGAUUUCUUUUGUCAUUAGCAGUCCCCUUGAUAGAGGCACAAGCAAUACUCUGAAGCUGCUCAGCUCUAUGAAAAAGGACAGUAUUAUGACAAAGCAGCCUCUCUCUCCACAUUCGCUGCAAAAAAUGGACGAAGGUGGGAGAGCUGCUUCCAAACGUCUCUUCUCCCAAGAUUCACUUGCAGUAUGCAAAGGCCAAGGAGGCGGAUGGCAAGUAGGUUGUUAGUUUGUGUACCUGUGUGCUGUGAUGUGUAGAUCACUGAAAGGGAACCUGACAUCCUGACAGCUGUGCGCACAGAUACAAGGAUGCGGCACGAGCCUACGAGAGCGCGAAGGACUGGGACAAUGUGAUCCGCGUGCUGCUGGACCACCUGAACAAACCAGAAGAAGCUGUUCGCAUCGCCAGAGAGAUGCAGAGCAUCGAUGGAGCAAAGAUGGUUGCCAGGUGUCGUCGGGUAUGGAGGGCCACCCGGGCUGCGUUAUUAUGCACCAAGGACCGUAAUAAACGCAUUGCUGACCGCCAUCGGUCCUCCACCCCCGCCUGUGCUGUUGGACAAAAGGUAUGGCUUUCCACACGCUUCGUUCCCGUCAGGGCGGAAUCCAAGAAGCUCACUCCCACCUUUAUUGGCCCGUUCGAGAUCUCUGCUUUGGUUAACCCUGUGUCCGUAAAGCUCAAACUACCUCGCAACAUGAAAAUACACGACGUCUUCCAUGUGUCUCAGAUUAAACCUCUCCAGUCCAGCCCUCUGUGCCCUCCUUCCAGGCCCCCUCCUCCCCCCGGCUCGUGGAUGGUCUGCCGGCCUACUCUAUCACCCGUAUCAUGGAUUCUCGGCGCCCGGGGCGUGGCUACCAGUUGGAGGACCGGUCCUGGAUCCCUCGGGCGGCUGUCCUGGACAAGCGCAUGCUGCGGGAGUUCCAUCGCCUGCAUCCGGGCCUAUUUAAGACGGCAGCACUGUGUUACUCGUCGCUGGAUCAUUGAGCUAUCAGCAUCUACCCCGGACCUUUCCCUGCCUGCCUGUUACCGGGUGGACGAGUGAGUGGAUUUGUGUUACCCCGCUGUGGAGAGAGGAGAGAGAUUCGUUGGAGUGUGUCUGAUUUCCGUCCUUCCCCUCACAUGCCCCGGAGCCCUGGAUCCC